AUGCUCAAUGUUUUCUCCGCUGACACGCUGCAGAAUGUAGACCGCUCUGGCCGCAAUGCACCACUUUCCGAGGGCGUGUCUGCUGGGCGGCGCAUCAGUCACGAUGAGGUGUCCAUGCAGCCGCGCCGCUUCCUGAUUCAGGUCGACGAAACCCUACAGACGCUCCUCUCCCGUGAGGAUCUGGAUGAGAACUACCAGAUCACCAUAGAUGACAAAGGACCAAAGGUACUUUCACUCGGGACCCUCGCAUCCAAUGCACACAACAAAUUCGACGUUCGCGGCACCUAUAUGCUCUCCAACUUGCUCCAGGAGCUCACCCUCGCAAAAGACUAUGGCCGCAAGACCAUUGUGCUUGACGAAGCACGCCUCAACGAGAACCCCGUGAACCGCCUUCAGCGACUCAUACAACACUCCUUCUGGGACGGCCUUACCCGCCGCAUUGAUGGCUCAAAUAUUGCAAAGGUCGGACGGGACCCGAAGGACUGGACUAAGGACCCACGUCCCCGCAUCUACAUUCCACAGGGUGCACCCGAGCAGUACGAGUACUACACCCGCAUCGCGCGAGAGCAUCCUGACAUGCGCCUUGAUGUUCAAUGGCUGGCCAAGGACUGUGACAGCCCUGAAUAUGUGCGAGACCUGAACAAGGCGCCCGGGCUGCUCGCCAUUGCUAUGGAGGAGUGGAUUGAUCCCGUCACCAAGAAAAAGGACCUGAGAGGCCUGCCAUUCGUGGUGCCCGGCGGUCGCUUCAACGAGCUGUACGGCUGGGACAGCUACAUGGAGUCGCUUGGCCUGCUCAUCAACGACCGCGUGGACCUGGUGAAGCCAAUGGUCCAGCACUUCUGUUUCUGCAUCAAGCACUACAACAAGAUCCUGAACGCCAAUCGGACCUACUACCUCUGUCGUUCGCAGCCACCCUUUCUAACCGACAUGGCACUGCGUGUCUACGAACGCAUCAAGCACGAGCCCGGGUCGUUGGAAUUCCUGCGCGAGUCCAUACUUGCCGCUAUCAAGGAAUAUAACUCUGUCUGGAUGGCUGCACCACGCCUAGAUCCCGUUACCGGUCUGACGCGGUACCGUCCAGGCGGUCUCGGUGUACCGCCCGAAACAGAAGCCAGCCAUUUCGAGCAUGUGCUCAAGCCAUACUACACUAAGCAUGGUAUGACUUUUGAAGAGUUCGUUGACGCGUACAACAACCAGCGUGUCAAGGAGCCGGAAUUAGAUGCCUACUUCCUCCACGAUCGUGCAGUACGCGAAUCAGGUCAUGACACUUCUUAUCGACUUGAGAACGUCGCUGCAGACCUUGCAGUCGUGGAUGUCAAUGCACUUUUGUACAAGUAUGAGGUCGAUAUCGGUCGCUGUAUUCGCAACCACUUCGGAGAUCGUCUUGAGAUCCCUGCAGAGUUCUGUGCCGGGAACAUGAAGCCUGGCCAGAUUGAGACAUCUGCCGGCUGGGAACGCCGCGCUAGGAAACGGCGUACUCAAGUUGACAAGUAUCUCUGGGACGAGGAGGCUGGCAUGUACUUUGACUAUAACACCGUCAAGCAGGAAAGGACCGGCUACGAAAGUGCAACAACCUUCUGGCCCAUGUGGUCUGGUCUGGCUACUCCUCGACAGGCUAGCAUACUUGUUGAGAAGGCAUUGCCGAAGCUCGAGGUUUUUGGUGGUCUGGUCUCUGGUACUGAAAAGUCCCGCGGCCAAGUCACUCUCGAGCGCCCCAACCGGCAGUGGGAUUAUCCUUUUGGCUGGGCACCGCAACAGAUCCUUGCAUGGGUCGGAAUGCAACGAUAUGGGUACGAUGCCGAGGCACAGCGAUUGGCUUAUCGAUGGUUGUUCAUGGUUACCAAGGCUUUUGUUGACUUCAACGGUGUCGUCGUGGAAAAGUACGAUGUCACCAGGAAGAUCGAUCCUCACAGGGUUGAGGCAGAGUAUGGUAACCAAGGCAGCGACUUCAAGGGUGUGCCGCGCGAAGGAUUCGGUUGGGUCAACGCAAGUUAUAUUUACGGCCUCACGCUUCUUAGCGCCCAUCAGCGUCGCGCGUUGGGCGCUUUGACCGACUAUGAUAGCUACGAGAGAGCGGUGUCCGACCUCGGCAUGGCCUAAAGCCUGCUAUUUUGUACUUGCAUCAAUCACGACUUCAUGACAUGCAUUCAGGUCGGAUGCUAGAUCUGGGCUUCUGCAUUUCAGCGAGUCAAUGAACGUUCACUCGUUAAGUGGCGCAAUGUAAAAGAUGAUCUUGCCUCUGGGGAGUUUGUUCGGAGUGUUCGCGGCUUUGAUAUGGAGAUCCUUGGUAUUAGUGCGAGUUGACGGCAGGGUGGAAAUGUGGGGGUUUUCGGUAUGGUUUGACUUAGGCUUGAGCUAUGAUCAAUACAAGACAUUAAUACUCCAAA